UAGAGUCACCAGUUAACCUAACCUGCAUGUCUUUGGACUGUGGGGGAAACCGGAGCACCCGGAGGAAACCCACGCGGACACGGGGAGAACAUGCGAACUCCGCACAGAAAGGCCCUCGCCGGCCACGGGGCUCGAACCCGGACCUUCUUGCUGUGAGGCGACAGCGCUAACCACUACAUCACCGUGCCGCCCACCCACAGGUUGGCAGCCACGCUGGUUUGUAUUAGCUGGAGGUACUCUUUCAUAUUAUGAUUCGCAAGAAGAUACCUGGAAAGGAUGCAAGGGCAGCAUGAAGAUUUCCGUAUGUGAGAUACAAGUACACCCAUCAGAUUUCACAAGAGUUGAUCUGACCAUACCAGGAGAACAAUACUUCUACCUCAGGACCAUCAAUGCAGCAGAGAGACAGAAAUGGCUGGUAGCUUUAGGAUCAGCCAAAGCCUGUCUGACAGACAACCGGGCCAAGAAAGAGAAGGAGCUCCAGGAAAACACGGAGGCACUGAAAACCAAGAUGUCUGAAUUGAGGCUAUACUGUGACCUUCUCCUUGAACAGGUGAACAGACUCAAGGAGAAUCCUUUGGGUGAGGGGUCAGCUGGUUCUGGAGAGACAGGAGAACUAACAGGUAGUCUGGUGAAGUCUACAUGUGCCACAUUCCUGAAGACGCUGGAGGAUUGCAUGAAGAUAGCCAGCCGCACAUUCAGUCCAGACCUGCAGAACCUCAGCCCUCCAACUGUUGCUGCUAUUAAACCUCACAAGAUCAAAACUUCUAACCAAAAAAGUCAUCACUGGGAAGAAAAACAAAAGCGCUCAGUAAACAACUCAUCUAUUCCAUUACUACCUGAGUGUGUGAAGUUAGGACCAGGUGGAGAAGGCCCUCCAUUACUUCCAGGAAACAUACCAGACCCUUCAACAGAGACCAGUUGUAUGGAGGAAGAAUGUGACGGCCAGGUGGAGGAUCUUCAGGAUCAUGCCAAGGGUGAUGUUCCCACAAGGAACACAGGAGAAGACGUGCGUCCAGAAUUAACUCGCACAUUAGAGAAACAGGAAGAGCAGCCCAUCCCCCAGGAAAGCCAAGAGGCUGACUCAGAAGUGCAUGAGCUCGAGUCAGAGGGUAAACAGGAAAAGGAAGAUCAGGUGGCAACAUUCUUCAGUAGUAUGAGCCACAGAUUUAGUGAUAUAAGACUGGAGGACGACAGUGGUAUCCCUACACGAGCCUUUUUGGACUCUUGCUAUGCUAUAGUGCCAGUAUUAGACAAGCUGGGACCAAAAGUCUUCGCUCCAGUUAAAAUGGAUUUUGUGGGCAACAUUAAGAAAGUGCAGCGGAAGUUACAGUCAGACCCAGACAACUUCCCCACUCUGCAGAGUAUCGUGCUCCAUGAAGUGGAGAUGGAAGUGGCGCAGGUGCGGAACUCGGCCACUGAGGCGCUGCUGUGGCUCAAACGAGGAUUAAAAUUCCUCAAAGAGUUCCUCUCCGAGUUGGAUGCUGGAGAGCAGGACAUCCAUGCAGCUUUGAACAGUGCCUAUGGAAAGACACUCCGCCAGUAUCAUGGAUGGGUGGUGCGUGGGGUCUUUGCUCUGGCACUGAGGGCUGCUCCUUCCUAUGGCGGCUUCAUGGCAGCGUUAGUAUGCCAUGAGGGAGAUGAGCUGAAGGAGGCUUUUAUGUCAGGAAUGCACCGUGACCUUGCCGUCUACCUACCAGCCAUGGAGAAGCAGCUAGCUAUAUUGGAUGCUCUGUAUGAGGAGUAUGGCCUGGAGUCAGAUGAGGUGGUGUGAGACACUCAUGAACACUCGCAGAUACAGAGCUCAGUUUCUGGCUGCAGUGAGAGUACUGUAGUGUGGGAGAGCCUGAUUAAGGCUUUGCCAUACUGCUGAAGGCAGACUUGGUCUGUAUGGGCAGAGUAAGCACUGUGGCAAUACUAGACAUCUACAGUUAGCAUUAGUGCUCUGAAGCUGCAGCCAUCUACAUGUUUUUUCAGGGAACAAUCAUUUUUUGGUAUGUGGCAGGGUGGAUGCCAAGUGUUUUGUUGCAUUUGUGACCAGG